AUGAGCACGAACUCGCCCGGAACGCCGAAGAAGUGUCGGCUGAUACUGCAACAAUGUCUUGCGAUACAGCUGACCAAACCGGGCAACCCGCCCGAAGACUUCUGGAUGUACGACAGCGGCUACACGAUCUUCCAGAAUUUUCUAUCAGCUAACCUUCAAUGCUGGUGGAACGCACCGUUGGCGGCGGCCACGAAGGUACUCAAAUACCUUGGACACAUUUCGCCCGGCAUGCUGCUGAUAACGGCCGAACCAUGCGCGCUGGAAAUCAUCCGCAGUGCCUACGCCCGCAGCGUCCUCAAACCACCGGCCACCUAUCUGAUCAACUCCGUAGGUGACAUCGACGAUUGUAUCGUGACGCCUAUCGUUCAGACACAGUUUACACCACUCACGGAAGCGCUCUGCGACGUGAUCAUGGAACUCACCUCCCAAGGACAGUCCGCCACCAUCGAGAACAUACGCAACCGAUUGCGUUCUAGGUUCACCCAUAUGCAGCAGCCAUCGGUAGAAGUCAUCUACGAUACGCUUGUGCAACUAAUGCAAGAAAUCAAAAUCUACCAAACAUCCAAAGGAUACUUUAUCGUCACGCCUGAGAAACGACGGAACAAAACGAACGCUUCGCUCGAGUACGGAUUCUCGGGUGUCGAGCUGGACAGUGCAGCACCGACGAAAGAGUCCAAAACGUUGCUGAUGAGCAGCCACGAAGCGCUCAGCAGUCUGUACGGUGAGAUUUCGACCGUGCGGGACGGCGACCAGACGCACCAGUGCAUCCAGACCAACCUCGCCGAUGUGAUCUGCGGUGGGAACCCGAACGACAAGAUACUCUAUCCGCGUUCGGCCAGCAAGCAACGCAGCGCAUCGUUCCCGAGCAAUGGCAAAACCCUCGAACGGCGCCAUAGUUUACGCUUCUUUGGUUCGUCCAAGCGACUCCAGCGGUCUGCCUCUACGAGAAGCCUCUCCAAGAACUAUGCGCAAACGAUCAGCAAGGAUGGUACGAUGGCACCGUUGGCGACACCCGAGCUUCCAGCAGCCACACUGGAUCCGAAAAAACAAGCCUCAUCCCAAUCACUACUAUCGCGAAUCUUCCGACGAAGCACACGCUCGAAGAGCAAAUCGAAGCAGAUUGAAACGUACUCCGCCCAGUUCCCGCCACCAGAAUGGUUCAAUUCGAAGACGACCCAUCUACACAGCGUAGGCACGCAGACGACGGACUAUUUGGACUUUCCAAUCAAGUCACGCCUGUUAAACUCCACCUUCUACGAUAGUUCGGACGUAAGUCAACGGUCCCUAUCGCUCCCGAGACGACGGCACCACCGACGCAACCUUUCCAGUGAGUCAACGUUCUUCAUCUCGUCCCGCGACUGUUCGCCGGUGCGCCGUGGCAAGAGCCCCGGGUCGUACUACUGUGGCAGUUUGCCCCGCUCGAUACACUCCACACCGGCCAGCUCCGGGUACUAUAAGGUGUCGCGCAGCAAACAGCUCUCCUCCGCCGACAAGCUGCACAGCGGUGACAGUCAGGGAAAGAUGGAACACAAAACUAGUCGCAGUCUUGGCAUCGCCAGCGGUCCAUCCAGCAUCGAUAGUGGCAAGAUGACGUACGUCACGUCCGGACCAUCGAGCUUCGACAGCGAGAAGCUGUCCUCGACGCGUACCAGCACCCAUUCCAGCCUGGAAUCGCACGUUUCUUCCUCCACCAUUACAACGGCCAUUCAGCAGCAACAGCAACAACAGCAGUCGGGCAAUUCUAGUUUGUUCAGCAUCAGCAACGACACAAAACCACCUGCCUCGGGCAGCCCUCAGUCGGGCAGUCCUAACCGAGGAGCACCAAAUGGCAGCGCUGCGAAAGCCUCGCCUUCUGCACCGGGAACUGUUACAACGGUCAUGACGGCGGUGGCAUCGACGACCAAAGCCAACAACAGUUACAAGUGCUUCGAGACCACGUUCGGCUAUACGAGCACCAAUGCCGGCGGUGGUAUAAAGGGCAACACACCAACAACGCUCGCCGGCAGAACGUCGAAGAGUCCGGCACUCGGUACGGGACUCGGUGGCAUCAGUCUCACAAAGCCGAUCGAUCACCUGACAGCGCUCAGUGAAUCUUUGCUGCAGUUCCGUCUAAGCGGUGACUCAACGUCGAACUCGGGUUCGUCCGGGUCUUCGCCACCCGGCUCAACGACCCACACGAUACCGGUACAGCAGAACGGAACGCCGGAACUUAACAAGUACAACAAAAACAGCACCAUGAACAAUAGCAAACCGUUCCAGCCGAUGACGUCCGCUCCCGUACAACCUCCGGCCAAUUUCUUCUACAAAAAUGUCCUGAAAAACAUACAGCACGACAGCAAGAAUAUCUGCGGCGAUCUCGCAGUGGAGAAGACAUCGCCCACCAGGACCUACGAUGAAGGGACCGGUCGGAUCGGGCUUCAGAGCAAUCUGCGCCGUUCAAACUCCGAGAUCAAGAAGCUUAACGCGAACCCGGCUCGCGAAGGGAAGCUGGCAGAAGCUGACGAUCCGAAGAGUUGCGGUCAGACAGUCCCACCCGCUCAACCGCUCAGCGGAUUGAUCGUGAUGAAAAAGAGCCUUUCGGUGUCGAGCGAACCGAACCUGCUGGCGAACGGUGAUAGUAAGGCGGCACAGAUCACGAUACUGGUCCAGGAGAACGGUACGAACGGUACCGAGCGGGACAACGGUGGAGAUGUCGAUGGUCGCAAACGCUACUCGCACUACGAUGAGCUGGAUCGACGGUUUAGCUACCAGAAUGGGGCGCGCGAGGAACCGCUCGUGCUGGAGGAGAUGUACGAGUUCCCGAGCCUGUCCGAUUUGAGCUUCAACUUUACGUCGCUGGCAGCGCAGAAAAUCCUGCAGGGCGAUGCCAGCCUGAACAGCAUCGAUACGCUCGUCGAGCUGAACAUUAAUCAGGAAAAACAGCAGACACUGAUGCGGCUCAAGAACGAUGCGCGUCUGUUGGCCCAAACGGUUACCCCACCAGCCGAACCGGAUGCGGCCAAGGUGAUGACGGACUUUGGGAUGGUUUGA